AAAAGGGUUUUUUAACGGGUUUGGAGAUUAGCUCCUAACUGAAAACAUGCUAGUUCAAUCCCAGAUACUCUGCUGAACUCCUCACACAGAUCUGUCAAGACAGGGGGGCUGUUUUCAUGUAUGACUACAAGCUGUCUAGAGUGGCAGACAUGAGUUGUGUAUUCCUUAUGUUUCUUGUUCAUCUGGAGCUCCAGAUAUUUCAGGACCAAACUGAGGAUGGACCUAGUGAGUGGACAGCCAUCUCGUAACUCGCUGAAGCCGUCUGAAGCUCCUGGGAUCAUAAGCUCUAAAAUAUUAUUUUCCACUUUUUCCAAAGGAACUAUAUCUUUAAUUAAGAUUGUAAUCAUUAUUAUUUGUCUCUCAAUAUACCCUUUUUCUGUCUUUUUUGGCUUUUUUUUUUGUCUGUUUUUUUAGACUUUUGAAUUGUUUCUGCAGUUUUGAGUAUGCGUGAGAAGAUGUCUUUUAAGAAGGUCCAUUUGACUUUCUUUGGUCUUUCUGCAAAGGUUAAACAGUGACACGGGUCACGGAUGUUGUUUUGGCUCCUUUUCUCUGGGAAUAGCUCCAGUAGCAAAUUAAGGCGUUUGGCCAGAACCGUAGUGAAAAUCAAAUAAUCCACAUUGAAUUGUUUUCUUCCACCUGAUGCAGAGACACUUUCACUGAAACUUGAAGGUAAUUUCUUGUAUUUAAUCAAAACGUUGAAAAACGUUUUUAAGAACUCUGUGGAGUAACAACGGUGAUUCUUGUAUGUUUGAACUCUUAUGCCAUCAGGUCCCGUGUGUCCAGAAUCAGUUAAAGACUUGAUCACAUUCAGUAUUUCUGCACCAUUAAUUUUUCCCGCUCUUUUGUCCGGUUCAUACCGCUGUAAUUGUGAAGCAACAUUUGGUACCUCCAUCACUGUGAGAUACAUCAGUAGAAGCAAAUGAUCUGAAUCAGAUUUUCGGAUUUUGACAUCUUUUAUUUGUUCCAAAUUGUCUUCACACAGAAGAAACAUGUCUAAUCUAGAAGAACUGCCAUGCUGUUUCUCAGAAUAUGUGAACUUCCUUGACUCUUGGGUAAAAGUAUGCCCAAGUAUCCAUUAGAUUUAGAGAGGUAGUGAAAUUUCUAAAUGGGUCCCACAGCUGUGUAUGCGAUACUUUUUUUUUCUCAGAUGUUCGAUCACAGCUAAGAUCGAGAACUGUGUUGAAAUCUCCUCCAACCACGAGCACACCUCUGGCUGCCUCCCUCAGGUAUCCCUGCAGUCUGUUUAGCAUUUCUUUGUCAUCUUUAUGAUUGUACACAUUAACUAGAGUGAACAGCGCACCGUGAAGAUAGCAGAAGAGUACGAGAUACCCCCCACUAUAAUCCUCAUCGUGCAUAAGUACUCAAAAGGUACACCAUCUUUUAUCAGGAUGGCCACUCCUCUGCUAGUAGAGUCACAGAUCGUAAGAAACGAUCGCCAGCCGUCAGGCUUUUCUAAAGGAGUUUCACUUUCAGGUCCAAUGUUGGUCUCUUGCAAAAAGAAAAUGUCUGCCUUUUGCUCUUUUGAGAAACGGUCAACGCUUGGGUUUUUUUGUCUACAAAUAUUCCACGAGACAAAGCAAAGAGUUUGCUCUUUAGAUGAAGCCAUUAUUUCAGUGAAUCCUCUGUUGAGCAAGUAAACAUAAAUAUAAAUUCAUGCCUGGUCUGUAUGCAUUGUUAGAAGACAAACUUAAUCAAGGGAAAAAAGAGAUUUUACAUUGUAAUUAAAUGCUAAAUUAACACAUUAAAUUUAGAGCCAAUUGAAAGGAAUAAGUACAUUUACUAAUAAUGAAUUUCACUGAAAAUAGUUUAAUCUUACCUUUCCCACUGUACUAAUCUCUCACAGCCUGCACCGUGUACUGUGUUGUCCGUACAGUAUGUUUGCACAUGUGACUUACUGACAAUGAUGUGUGGAUGUAGAAUACAAUUGGGUAGGGCAUCAUACUUUAGUGUCUUUCCUUUCAUUUAGGUCUGUUCACAAAGCUUUAUUUCAAACACAACACACAUAAUUCAUUGUUCUAGCAGACCAGUUUCACUCCAAUUCAUGUCUGAACAUCCUACAUGCAUGCUGUGUGUAUAGUAUAGACUACUACAUUUUCUAAUCAAUAACAAGUUCAUUUCUCCUGACCAUUUGUUUUUGGAGUUAAACAGAUGUCUUUAAACAGAACAUUAGAUGUAAUGACAGUGGCUUGUAAAAAUACCAUGUUCUUUCUUCCCUCCUUCGCCUAUUUAAAUUAAAACAAUAUCAAUAAACAUUAGAAAUAGCAGGUCCGUAUUUGAUGUUCUUUAUUUUGUGCAUGCUCUUCAGUGAACUGUGCUCUGUAAGUCGUUAGGAUGACAAAAAGUUUAAAAGGUCGUUUUUAAGGUCUGCCUAAUUGGUCUUGCUGGUGUAGAAAUGACCCACUGGGGAUCCAGAUACCCAUAUAAUGGUACAAAAGCUCUCCCUUCGGCAGUUCCUAUUCAAAAGCAAUCAUUUUGAUCUCACUUCAGUGAAUAAACCGCCAUGCUAAACCAUGAGUUUUAUCACCGAGGUGCCAUGUACAUUUUUUUACAGCCCUACUGUCAGAGUAGGGCUAUUCCCUCGCUUAUAAUUUACUUUGCUACUUAAUCUACCGGUGUUCUCUGUUAUUCAUUGUUGUCUGCUCGGCAGACCCUGUGUGCUUCCCUUCAGGGUUUUGUUUUACUUUUGAUUGUUAAUAAAGAACUUGAGAUGUCAAGUGUGUGACCAGUUGAUUUCAAUCUAUUCUGUGCUACAUCCAGCACCACUAUCAUUUUAAAGUUUUACUGUAGGCCUGUAACUUAAAGAAAUUCUAGUGUUACUGUCUGACCUGCUGCACAACAUACCUAACACUGAUCCACCCUCUUAAAACACUUACCAGGAACUGAUCUCACCGCUUUCUGACGCUUUUUACAACAUCUCUAUACAAUCAGAUAGGAAUCGAAGAUCAGUGGAGAAUAAAGAUGUUUAUUUCAGAACAGAAAGGCGAUGUUUCCAUUUAAAAUUUUGUUGUUUUGCAUUUUAAAGUAAUGUUCAGAUUGCUGAAGCUCAUGCAAACGGUGAAAAUGGAUUCACUCUCUGUUGAAGAGCCUUCUUGCAGUUUGCACAGAAAGACACUCAAGCUCUUCUGUCUGGAGGACAAACAGCCGGUGUGUUUAGUGUGUAGAGAUUCAGAGACACACAACGAACACACAUUCAGACCCAUCGGGGAAGUCGUUUUAUCAUACAAGGAGGAGCUUAAAACAGUGUUGAAGUCCUUACGAAUUAAAAUUACACAAGGAGUAAAAAUGAGAGAAGAGUUUGAGAAAACGGUUCAACACGUCAAGUCUCAAGCUGAUCACACAGAGCAUCAGAUUAAACGGCAGUUUGAGGAGCUUCAUCGGUUUCUCAGAUAUGAAGAAGAAGCUACAAUCACUGCACUGAGGGAGGAAGAGGAGCAGAAGAAGAAGAUGAUGAAGGAGAAGCUGGAGGAGAUCAACAGACACAUCUCAGCUCUUUCACACACAAUUAAAGACAUGGAGGAGAUGAUGAAAGACAAUGAUGUCUGCUUUCUGAAGAAGUUUCCGGUCUCGAUGCAAAGAGUCCAGAUCUCAUCACAGCCGGAUCCACAGACACCUUCUGGAGCUUUGAUUCAUGUGCCACGAUACUUGGGCAACCUGUCCUUCAGAGUCUGGAAGAAGAUGCAGGACAUCGUCCAGAACACUCCUGUGAUUCUGGACCCAAACACGGCAAAUCCAGAUCUCAUCCUGUCUGAAGAUCUGACCAGCGUGAGAUACAGUGACAACAAACAACUUCUUCCUGAUAAUCCAGAGAGAUUUGACUAUUAUUCCUGUGUUCUGGGUUCAGAGGGUUUUAAUUCAGGAACAUUUUGCUGGGACGUAGAGGUUAAAGGGAGUUCAUCCUGGAGUCUUGGAGUCACUACAGCAUCAAACCAGAGAAAGGGACGGGAUUUCUUUAGCACUGAUGUUUGGAGUGUGUGCCAUGGAUUAUGUGAACCAUCUGGUUUUCUUAUUGACCAGGAUCUUGAUCGUGUGAGAGUGUGUCUGGACUAUGACGGAGGAACAGUGUCAUUCUCUGAUCCUGUAACUAACACACAUCUACACACAUUCACAACCUCCUUCACCGACACUGUCUUUCCAUUCUUUUGUAGUAUUUACCACCUGAGGAUCUUACCGUAUAGUUACAGUACUGUAAUAGUCCGUAAACGUUACACCUGUAGCUCUAAAUCAGUGAGAGUGCAGUGAAAUAAAAACUGCAGAGCUUAAUAACCAUGCCCUGUACAGCUUUAUUUAGUUAAUCUCAUCUGGUUAUAGCAUCUGAUCAGGCUGCGUUAUGCAUCGCCUGAUUAAGUGUCAAUCAAAUGAUCAUAAAACCUUGAUUUAAACGUGGAAUAUAUGAAAAAGGUUCUGAUUUAGAUCAAUAAAUAUUAACAUAUAAUA